AUGAACAACAAUAGCGUCCAAGAAGAUCAAAGAGCAACAAAGAAAGUAAAGAAUCGGGACUUAACAAUUGAAGAAGAGGAAACAAUGCAACAAACAGAGAAUAUGCAGACUGAAAUUGAAGCCCAAGUUGAAGAUACUGCGCGAAAAGAUCAUCCCAAGAGUCCUGAGAAACUCUCUUACGCUGCCAUGACUGCCAGAGGAUCUACCCUAAACAAGAACCCACCAGUCAACUUGCAUGAAGAAGAGAUAGUUCUCCAAGAAGGAGAUGUUACUAUGGACAGAAAUUUCAACUUAAUUGAUCUUGAUAAUGAUUACUAUUUAGUCAAAUUUGAAAAUAUUGAAGACUAUACUAGAGUUCUCACCGAUGGCCCUUGGAUGAUAUUUGGAAGUUACCUGACUGUUCAACCAUGGUCGAGGAACUUUACCACAGCUGAAAAACAUCCCUCACAAGUUAUCGCCUGGCUGCGUCUACCUGGAUUACCGUACAGCCCCAACCCCAAUAUUCGUUGUAAGAUUUGGGAUCUUCUAGACAAGCUCAAGCCUAACAAUAAUGAGCCUUGGAUUCUAGGAGGAGACUUUAAUUGUAUUCUGAGUCCUGAUGAGAGAACAGGUGGUAGCAGUAAGUACAGAGGAGGAAGUAACCAUUUUCAAGAUUUCAUCUUCAACAAUAAUCUGAUUGAUGUUAAUUUCCAAGGUGAAAUUUACUUGGAGGCGGGGCAACCUAUGAAGAAGAAAAGAUUAAUUGCUAGGCUUAAAGGGAUUGAUAAAGCGCUUCGUCACCAUAAUUCAAACAGAUUGUCUAUUCUUGAAGUUGAUCUCAAGAUUGAGCUUGACACAAUUUUAAGACAAGAAGAACUUAUUUGGUCUCAAAGGGCGAGAUGCAAUUGGAUUAAACAUGGAGACAAAAAUACCAAGUACUUUCAUUCCUGUGCGAUUACUAAGGGUAGGAAAAAUAUCAUUACAGCUCUCAAAACUGAAGCUGAGACCUGGUGCGAAGAUCAAGAAAUGCUUAAAGACCAUGUUAAAAAGUUCUAUGAAGAACUAUUCACAAAAGAUCCUUUAGUGAAGAAAUCUCUUGAGAAUUCUAGACCCUUUCCUAAUCUGAAUAGGGAGCAAUGGAACUGGUUGGAUAAACCUUUUGAGAACAUUGAAAUUAAGGAUGCUCUUUUCAGUAUGAAUCCUCUAAAAGCUCCAGGUAUUGAUGGGUUUCAUGCUAACUUCUUCCAGAGUAAUUGGGACACAGUUGGAGAAAAGGUUUGCCAGCUAGUCAAACACUGUCUCAAUGGUGGCCAGAUUGAAGAAGCUUUAAACAGAACGUGUUUGGUUUUAAUUCCUAAGAUUGAUAACCCGGAUAGAAUUACUCAAUUUAGACCUAUAAGCCUCUGUCAGGUUACCUACAAAAUUAUAACCAAAGUUAUCGUUAACCGCUUAAAACCUAUUCUUCCUACUCUAAUUUCUAAUAGCCAAACAAGCUUUAUACCAGGAAGGGUUAUUACAGACAACAUUAUCCUUGCUCAAGAGGUUAUCCACUCUAUGAAGAUAAAGAAAGGUAAGAAGGGGUACCUGGCCAUCAAGAUCGAUCUGGAAAAAGCCUAUGAUAGAUUAGAUUGGAACUUUAUUAGAGAUAGUAUUGUGAAGUUGGGCUUACCUAAUAGAUUUAUUAUGGCUAUUAUGAAUUGUAUUACCUCCACGACGAUCCAAAUUAACUGGAAUGGUGGUCUUACGGAGCCUUUUAAACCAUCAAGGGGAAUCAUACAGGGUGACCCCCUUUCGCCUUACCUAUUUGUCAUCUGCAUGGAGAGAUUAGCUCAAGAAAUUGCAUUAAAUGUGGAUCAAGAUGACCUUAUGCUCUUUGCUGAAGCAGACAAGUCCCAAAUUAAGGUUAUUCAGAAUACGCUCCAAAAAUUCUGUAGCAGUUCGGCUUACACUAUGCAGUCAAUUCUUAUCCCUAAAGGAACUUGCGAUGAACUGGAAAGAUUUACUAGAAACUUUAUCUGGGGUCAUACUAAUGAACAUAGAGGUGUUCAUCUGGUGAACUGGGAUACCCUUUGUAAACCUAUUAAAGAUGGGGGACAAGGCCUAAAGAACUUGAGGAUGCAAAACAAGGCUUUCCUCUUUAAACUGGCUUAUAAACUUAUUAAUAGAAAUGAUCUGUUAUGGGUGCAGGUGAUGAGAAACAAAUAUAAAGUGGAAGGAAUCCUGCCUGAGAAGCUAACUAAGAAGGGAGGUUCAGCUCUCUGGAACCACAUAUGCAACCUUUGGUCAGAGUUUAAGCAGAAUAUCUGCUGGAACAUUGGUAACGGAAAUCAUGUUCAAUUUUGGCACGACAAUUGGCUAGAUCAGAAUGGCCCUUUAUCAAAUUCAUGCAUCCAUCCAGUUGAAGUGGAAAACGACAAAUCCAAAGUAAAUGAGAUGAUCAACCAGAAUAGUACCUGGGAUUGGAACAAGAUUCAUUGGCUACUUCCAGACCAAAUUAUCAACAAAUUGAAAGCUACACCUCCUCCAAUAGAAGUUAGCAUUGCAGACUCGCCCGGCUGGAUUCCCUCGGAGAAAAGAGUCUUCACUGUCAAAUCUGCUUAUAAGAAAAUCACAAAUAUCAAUUCAUCAGAGGAGAAAAUCUGGUCCACCAUUGCCAAGCAUAAUAGCAUACCCAGAAUUAAAACUUUCCUAUGGCUUAUAGGAAACGACAGAUUACUAACCAAUUCAGAAAGAGCCCGUAGACAUUUGACAACAGAUGAAAGAUGCCCUAUGUGCAACUAUGAAUCAGAAGAUAUCAACCAUUUGAUGAGAUUCUGCCCAAAAAUUUUGCAGAUGGAUUGA